AUGAGAGUUCUGAUAGUCUCAACGCUUCUCAUUUCUUCGUCUUUUCCCUUUCUUACGGUAAUUUUGAUAAUUUGUGGACUUCUAUAUUAUUCUAUUUCAGUCAGAUCCCUCGAAUUUUGCAGUACGUUCGUUCCCGGAUCCAGUUUCAAUGUCUUCAGAAUGCAACACUUUUGACGAGGCACACUAUUGUAAAAUGAUAACUUUGGACACAAGUCUGAAUGUGGUGGCAGAGUCGCACAAGUGUGAAUGCGCCGGCAAUUACAGAUGUCCGGUUGACACAGAAGACACUAAGCUACAAGUUCAGUACGUUUAAAGAAACGAUUCUGCACUUAAAAUUAGCUUUCUUUUCAGUUGUGUCUACGACAAUGAGCGGCAGUGGAAUCGAUGCUAUUUGCCGUGCACUCCAACAAGCCUCUAA